GCUAUCAUUUACGCCCAUGAGCUACACGCAAUUUAAGACCUCUUGCGGUUCCCAUUUCUUUCCUCACAGACUGCUCUUUGGCUGAGGGGGUUGCUCUCGCAUUAUUGCAAACAGAAACGGACAUGUUCAAUGUCAACGCGGAUCUUUUUUGUUUUGAAUAGCUACGUGGUCCGCAUGGAAACAACGGACGGAUUUCAGGAAUGACAGAUCAUUUGUGCGUUUUCACAUUGCGUUGGAUUUGAUGCAGUCAGAUGGUUCAUGUUUGAUAACAGGAAGCCCCUAGAAACGAGUCUGUCAUCUUGCGAAGCUUCAUGUAUGUCCAGAUCAUCAUCAGCACUUUAACUGUCUCUGCAUUCCUCCCUCCGCUGUGUUAAACCAGUCACAGCACGGACAGACACAAUGGACACAGAUUCCAUCCACUCUGGUUAUUCCCACCACUCCAACAGGUCACGGGGGUCAAACAAACAGAGUGAACGUAGCAGCAGGGAUCGGCACAAAUCACACAGCCGAGACAGCAGCAGCCGCUCAGACAAAAAUGUCACCAUCAGUGCAUCAUCAGCUCAGCCACAGCAGCCGGAUCAGAGCUCCGCCCCGACAGAUGCCCAGGAUGACAACUGGGGCGAAACCACCACAGCGGUCACUGGAACUUCAGACCACAGCUUGUCUCAAGAGGAUUUGGCUGGCUUUGGAAAGGACACGGAAGGUCCAGUAGAGAAAUUGAACUGUGUACGCUUCCUUCCUUUGGCCCUCACCCUUGUCCUGGGCCUGAUGGUUCUGGUCACCCCCCUGUCCUUCCUGGUGCUGCCCCAGCUGAUGUGGCCGGAGCGCCUGCAGGCUUGUGGCACUGCCUGUGAGGGCCUGUUUCUUUCACUAGCAUUCAAGCUCCUCAUUCUUUUGCUGGCUGGUUGGGCGCUGCUUGUGCGACCGGCGCGGGCAUCCCUUCCCCGGAUAGCAGUGUUCCGUGCCCUGCUGGGGUUGCUCACGCUCCUCCUGCUACUCUCCUAUUGGCUGUUCUUUGGAGUGCGCAUCCUGGACUCGCAGGAUGAGAACUACCAAGGCAUAGUGCAGUUUGCCGUAUCAUUGGUGGAUGCUCUGCUGUUCAUCCAUUACCUGGCAGUGGUUCUGCUGGAGAUCCGACAUCUGCAGCCCUGCUUUUCUCUCUGUGUCGUGCGCUCCACCGAUGGAGAGACUCACCACUAUAACCUGGGACAGCUCAGCAUUCAGCGGGCAGCCCUUGUAAUUCUUGAACACUAUUAUAAGGAUUUCUCUGUCCACAACCCUGCCCUUCUAACAGCUGCAAAGUCCAGGGCAGCUAAACAUCUGGCUGGGCUAAAAGUCUAUAAUGUAGAUGGUGCUGGUAGCGAUACUGCAACAGCUCAAUCUCGGGCUAAAAUAGCAGCUGCCGCCCGACAGAGAGACACCAGCCACAAUGAGCUGUACUACGAGGAAGCAGAGCAUGAUAGAAGAGUCCGAAAGCGCAGAGCACGGCUGGUGGUGGCAGUAGAGGAGGCGUUUACACACGUUAGACGGCUGCAGGAGGAGGAGAAAAAGAAGCUGCCAGGAGAUGAGAUGGAUCCACGUGAGGCAGCGCAGGCCAUCUUCCCCUCCAUGGCUCGAGCACUGCAGAAAUACCUGCGCACCACCCGUCAGCAGCACUGCCACAGCAUGGACAGUAUUCAAGCCCAUCUGGCAUUCUGCAUUACAAACAACAUGACUCCAAAGGCAUUUCUGGAGAGCUAUCUGAUGGCUGGGCCCACACUGCAGUAUACGAGAGAGUGCCGGCAGACCCGGCAGUGGACGCUGGUCAGCGAAGCAUCGGUCAACAGUCCCCUCCGUCACGGCUCUGAAUUCCAGCUCAAAUCAUCUGACUUCAGCUUAGUGGUCACCAGCAAAGCUAUCCCUCACCUCAAACUCGGUGAGGAGUACGUCCACCCCAAAUCUCACAAGUUUGUACUACAACUACAGUCCGAGACCUCCGUCUGAUGGAUUCAGUUGCUUUUGUCUGUUUGGUUUUCUACACUUGUAAAUUUUGGACUAGUGCUAUUUUGUUUGAAAUUAUUUUUUACUUUUUCACAGUUUAUAAAUGGCAUUUUACAUAAUAGUUGUAUUUUGAUAAAAUAUUUGUUAUUACCAAGAACAGAGAUGGGGAAAAAAACAAAAAUAUAUACAUGGUCUGUAUGUAUCUGAUUAUUUAGUGCUGACUGGUGUGAUUGUGCUGCUUGUCUGUAUGUUUCUUUCUGCAUAAUAAAUGCUAAUUACAAACUGUGAUAAGCAUAAGACUGAGGCAUCAUUGGUAAAGUUUUUGCAAGAAGAUAUUGUUUAUGAUAUCUAUGUUUGUAAGACAUUUUUUUUCUCAGUUGACCAUAACAGAUUCUGUAAGAUCUAGUAAGGUCACAAACAUUGGUUAGAGAGUCAGAUUUACCAAUGCCAUAUACAUAAUAGUGGUAUAAUAGCAAAAACAUAAAUUUUCACCCUUUUGUUGUUGUUGUUUUUUAUUACCAUUUUAUAUGUUUGGAAAAAAAUGGGUAAUAUGUUGUGGAAAAAAACUGCCUUUUUUGUGAUUAAUAAAUUGUGAUUUGUAGAUUG